CAGCCCCACAUCUGCGAUCUGCCCCACUCACCUUAAUUUCACCCAUCACCACCCCAUCACACGCGCCCACUCCGUUUCCCAGCGCCCACAUGACGCGCCCAAACCACGACCAUGGAUAUCGAUGAUAUCCUCGCCGAAGCCCUGCACGUGUCCGCGCCGCAGGAAACCCUCGACCUGCAGGAGCUAACCCGCGCAUGGGUCGCCGAGCGCGUCGCGCCGGAGCUGCUGCCGUACCCGGACGCGUUGAUGGAGAGGGUAUUGACGCGGAUUAGGAGGCAGAUCGAGACUGUAGAAGAGCAGACGGGGAACAUGGACCCGAAGACGAAUUUCAAGCUCAUCGUGAUUCAGACGGAAUUGGAGCGGUUCAAGUUUCUCGUGCGGUCGUUUUUGAGAGCCCGGGUUGCGAAGAUUGAUAAAUACCCCCUCCAUGUACAACAGAAUUCCGCCGAAUACCUUUCUCCGAGCGAAUCGCAAUAUCUCACCGCACACCAGAAUCUGCUGGCGUCGCAUUACCAGUCUUCCUUCCUUUCGCAGUUUCCGAAUUCGUUGCAGAAGCUUGAUGAUACCCAGGGUGGCAUUAGUAUGAUAGAUGCGCCGGAUCCAGACACGGCGGUGUUUUGUAGGGCUUUGAGGGAUGUAGGGGAAAUCAAUGUCGUAGGGACUGAUAGGGCGUUCGAAAUGAAGAGGGGCGAUGUAAGAGUUGUAAGAUGGAGUGCUAUUAGGGAAAAGGUGUUGGCAGGUGACAUAGAAUUGGUAUAGUAGUUGACAUUGCAUGGAGUUUGGAGCAAUACGGGGAGCAUUGGGAUAUAAUUAUAUGAAGCCAUGAGCCUGUUCGAAAUCCAUAAUCUUAUUUUGGAAGUACAGCCACAACCGACCGCCCAGACGCCCCAGGCAAAUGCAAAAGACCACGGACCCAUGGAACCUGGAGAUACACUCAGUGGCCUUGUAUCCAACCAAGCAUCUGCCCGAAGGCCUGUGUCUGAGACUUCUUGAUAUUCGGAUCCUCGUAGUCG